UGGCUUGAAUGCAUCAACAGUCUUAGGUCCUUCGAAAUACUACGUAUGCUUUUUGAAACCGGAAGUCUAACCAGACAAAUUGUAUGCAGUUUUACUUUAAGCUGAUUAGCUAUCUGACGUAGAAAGAUGUUGUCAAUAUUUAACUCCAUUCCAACACACAUGGAUUAUAAAGGACAAAAGCUGGCGGAGCAGAUCUUCCAAGGAAUCAUACUUGCCUCAGCGGUGAUCGGAUUCGCUUAUGGCCUCAUCAUUGAACAGUUUGGGUGGACUGUGUACAUAGUGUUAGGAGGUUUUGCUGUGUCUUGUUUGCUGACCCUGCCCCCCUGGCCCAUGUACAGACAGAACCCCCUCUCCUGGCAGCCAGCCCUACCAGAGACUACAGGAGAAACCCUGCAAAAGCCUCAGGAGAAUCUGAAGAAGAAGAAGCACAAGUAGAUCAUGACUGUUUGUACCAGUUUGCCCAAUACACUUUUUGACUUAAAAUAACCAUAUGUCUGUACAAUAAAUCCUUGUUUGAAGGAAGCCUUUGUUACAGGGUAUUAUGCCAAACAGUGGUGGAAUGUCAAUGUACAAUAAACAGAUUUGCUACUGUG